AUGUCAGAUGAUGAUGCUAUAAUCCGAAAGUUUCAAAUGCGAGCAUCGACAGCCCCAAGUCCAGUGUAUUAUGUUCGACAAUCUGAAGAAGAAAUCAAAAAUCUCCAAAAAGAAAAUUUCAAUUUAAAAUUAAAACUGUAUUUAAUGGAAAAUAAGCGUGACGGAAGCACUAAUAUGCCAGAAAUGACAAGUUUUGAUGAGAAGGAGUACUUUGAUUUGGUCAUUGAAAAUGAGGCAUUAAAGGCUGAAUUGAAUGAAAAGAAGGACAUUAUGUCAAACGCAUUGGAUGUAAUUGACAUGCUUGAGAAGCAAAAAGAUGAAGAGAGGAGAAAAUCAGGAGAAUUGAUCGAUGAUUAUACAAAGAGAAUUGAGGAACUUAAGAUACGUUCAAAACUGUGCAAACGUAAAAUGCAGAAAAUUAAGAAGUCAUCCAUUGAAAAUCCAAACAACUUGAAGCUUCUACAAGAAGAAUUAAGUGCCUUUAAGACUCAAAAUGCUAAAUUAUUGGAUAAGAUUAAUGAUGUCAAAAAAGAAAAUAUUAGCAAAAAUUUGAUCAUUGAAAAGCUAUCAAUAGAAAAGUCGGAUUUACAUAAACAGUGUAACGAGAUGGAGAAUACAUUUAAGGAGAACUAUCGACUCAUAAGCUCCCUCAAAAAGGAACUAUCUCAAAGUCCAAGCGAAUGUGACAUGUCAGAUCUUCUGCAACUGAAUAAAGUCCUGGAAACAAAAAUCGACGAAUUAUCCCAAAAAUACUCAAAAUUAGAUCAAAAAUGUCGAGAUUACGAAAGGAUAGUCAAUGAGCAGUCAGAGAUCAUGAAAGCACUCAAUCGAACGAUUGAGGCUAAAAAUGACGAAAUAGAUGACUAUAAAGCAAAAAUAGAGUUUAAUAAUAACACAAACUUUAUUCAAGACAAUGAAAUUAAUCUCAGUGGAACUAAAGUUCGGAAAUUUCCGUUCCAUAAUCCUCUUUUCGGAAGCUUUCAUAGUCUUAAUCGAUAA